AUGGAUAUAGUUUCGUCGGUUAUGAUUGGGGGGUUUAUAUUUAUGUGCUUGUAUUUGUUUUGGUUGUGGUUUUGUUUUGGAACGUGCGUUAAAAAACGACAAAAAACGCGCAAUGCGCAAGGGAGGCGACAGUACAUAGGGACGCGGGCGCGGCCGUCUCUAUCGCAAGUGGAGCCAACGAUAUAUGUCAGCCCCGCCAAUCUACCCCCACCGCCUAAGUAUGAGGCGAUGGCUCCACCCAGCUACGAAGAGGUAGUCGGCAUACACUAUCCGAACUACCAGCCGACACAAAUACAACCAAUCGCACAUCCCAUAGCAACAGCUAUGGCGCAAAAUACCAACGCGAGUGUUGCCACAUCAAAUAUCGCUGACACACCGCCUGGUGGAACACCGACCACUGUUCUCUCAGUGACAAAUGAAAGGAGAACAAUUGUGACAUCCAGCUCAUGA